AUGAGCAAAAGAACGACAGGCAAGGGCCCAAGGGCACAAAGUGUAUCCAAAAACGAUUCCUAUCAUGCUCCUGUAAGCCUUGUCCAAAAAGAAUGGGGGAAAGUGGACAAAAUCUGCCCAUUUGAUGCUUCUGCCUUUUUGGGUCUGUUGGACGACGAUGACAGUGACAAAAUCGCUGAUGAUGAUGAGGAUAACAAGACGCCGUACAGUCAGAAAGCAAACUGGGAUUCCUAUUAUAUCAGUAGUUAUCCUGUCCCACAAGGAACAUGCAUGGAGUUGGUGUUUUUGGCGUAUUUUGCGCGCGUCGAAUAUUUAGUAGAAAUUGAACUUUCAGGAACACCCGGCAAAUGUUCAGACCGAGUAUUUUCUUGA